AUGGCUCCUGCCCCCAUCGAUCCCGCCAUCACAGAUGUUGUACAGCCAAAGAAAGAUACUUUGCCAAUCCCUGGCCCUGCUCGGGAACGGUUGUUGAAAGCAGGCAUCGAUCUGUCCAAUGGCUACCCCUACAGACCAUCUAGACCUCUGUAUCUUCAGGAUGUUUAUAAAAUUAGAAGCGCAGAUAGGAAGCACGUUGAUGCUGGGGCCAGGGCGGAUAAAUCUAAGAAGAAUUUAUUUGCUGCCGCGACUAAAAUCACUGACUUGACAACCAAUAUUGGUACCGAAAUCGAGGGUCUUCAGCUAAAGGAUCUCACUCCCGAGCAACGAGAUGAACUUGCUUUGCUGAUUGCCGAGAGAAGUGUUGUCUUCUUUCGUAAUCAGGACAUUUCACCUCAACAGCAGAAAGAGUUGGGAGAAUGGUAUGGGGAUGUUGAAAUUCAUCCCCAAGUACCACAAGUUCCAGGAGUCGCAGGUGUGACUGUGAUCUGGCCCGACCUUCUCGCUACGGAGCGACCAGCGAAUUUCCGAAAUCCUGGGGGAGCAUCCCGCUGGCACACAGACCUUGUACACGAACAUCAACCCGCAGGUAUCACUCACUUACACAAUGACACGGUACCACCAAUUGGAGGAGACACGUUAUGGGCCAGCGGAUAUGGAGCAUACGAGAAGCUUUCUCCAAAUUUCCGCAAGAUUAUCGAUGGGAAAUACGCUGUUUAUCGAUCUGCUCAUCCAUACCUGGACCGAGAAAAUCCUGAAGCUGGACCCAAAUACGUUGAACGCACUCACCCAUUGGUGCGAGUUCAUCCAGCGACAGGAUGGAAGGCUCUCUGGGUGAACCGCUCGAUGACUGAACGUAUUGUCGGUCUCGAUAAAGCGGAAAGUGAUGUGAUUCUUAACUAUUUGUUCGAUGUGUAUGAGAAAAACGUCGAUAUCCAGCUUCGAUGGAAGUGGACCCCAGGCACUUCAGUGUUGUGGGACAAUCGAAUUACUAUCCACAAUGCCAGCUGGGAUUACGCUGGCAAGCAUCCUAGACAUGGAACGCGGGUGACAUCGCUCGCUGAGAAGCCAUUCUUCGACCCCAACGCGCCAACGAGGCGACAAGCACUUGGGCUUCUAGACGAGAGCGAAAAGCGGGAACUUGACUUGGAUUCGAUCUCUGGCAACCUGAAUGAUUUCUCUUUGUAA